GAAAUCUGGUCGGGCUUUGGCGGGAGACCGGAAAGCUAAAACUGGGCAGAUUUGGCGCGAGCGCGUCUGGGUUUUACUGCUGCUGGUUUGCUCAGGAGCUUGUUUGGGGUAAUCCCUGAAGCCUUGUGCGAGAGAGCUGUGUUGCCGUCAUGCCCCAAACCCGGUCCCAGGCCCAGGCUACGAUCCGUUUUCCAAAAAAGAAGCUGUCGCGAACGUUGGACACAGCUAAGAAAUCUCAUGACACCAAACUAGAACUGACAAACGUCCAGGCCAUACCCCGUUCUCCUGGUGUGAAAAGUCAACCUCUCAGCCCCAGAAAACGCCUGGGUGAUGACAACCAGUGCAACACUCCCCAUUUACCGCACUGCUCUCCACCAAAGCUGGGCAGGAAGGAGAACGGCCCGCCACGCUCGCACACACCUAAGGGACGCAGAUUGGUAUUCGACAAUCAGCCGACGGUUAAGUCUUCUAGCAAAAGAGAACGAGCCAGAGUUCACCAGAACAAAAAGUGCCCCUCGGUUCCAAAAGGUCAAGACAUCACCACAAAUUCCGAGCAGAGACAGCCAGUGGAGAAAGAAUCUGCAUGCGUGAGGCUAUUCAAGCAAGAAGGCACUUGCUACCAGCAGGCAAAGCUGGUCCUGAAUACAGCUGUCCCCGACCGGCUGCCUGCCAGGGAAAAGGAGAUGGAUGCCAUCAGGAGUUUCCUGAGGGAGCACAUCUGUGGGAGGAAGGCUGGAAGUCUUUAUCUUUCUGGUGCUCCUGGAACCGGAAAAACUGCCUGCUUAAGCCGAAUUCUGCAAGACCUCAAGAAGGAACUGAAAGGUUUUAAAACUGUCGUGCUGAAUUGCAUGUCCUUGAGGAGUGCCCAGGCUGUAUUCCCAGCUAUUGCUCAGGAGAUUUGUCAGGACGGAGGGCCCAGGCCAGCUGGGAAGGACGUGAUGAGGAAACUGGAAAACCAUUUGACUGCAGAGAAGGGCCCCAUGGUCGUGUUGGUGCUGGACGAGGUGGAUCAGCUGGACAGCAGAGGGCAGGAUGUGUUAUACACACUGUUCGAAUGGCCCUGGCUAAACAAUUCUCGACUGGUGCUGAUUGGCAUUGCUAAUACCUUGGACCUCACAGACAGAAUUCUGCCGAGGCUGCAGGCGAGGGGAAAAUGUAAGCCACAGCUGUUGAACUUCCCGCCUUACACCAAAAACCAGAUAGCCGCUAUCUUGCAGGAUCGACUCAACCAGGUAUGUAGAGAGCAGAUUCUGGACAGCGCUGCCAUUCAGUUCUGUGCCCGCAAAGUCUCUGCCCUUUCGGGAGACGUUCGCAAAGCACUAGACGUUUGCAGGAGAGCUAUUGAAAUUGUAGAGUCGGAUGUCAAAAGCCAGACUAUCCUCAAACCACUGUCUGAAUGUAAAUCAUCCUCUGAGUCACUGGUUCCAAAGCGGGUCAGUCUUAGUCACAUAUCCCGAGUCAUUUCAGAAGUUGAUGAAAACAGAAUGGCUUUGGUCCAGGAGGGAGCACAGGACUCCUUCCCGCUGCAGCAGAAGAUCUUGGUCUGCUCUUUGCUGCUCCUGACCCGGCGGUUGAAAAGCAAAGAGGUCGCUCUGGGGAAGUUGUAUGAAGCCUAUUGUAACGUCUGUCGCAAACAGCAGGUGGCAGCUGUGGACCAGUCAGAGUGUUUGUCACUUUCAGAGCUCUUGGAGGCCAGGUGCAUUUUAGAAUUAAAGAAAAACAAGGAAACCCGCUUCACAAAGGUGUCUCUGAAGAUUGAAGAGAAGGAAAUAGAGCAUGCUCUGAAAGACAAAACUUUAGUUGGCAGUAUCUUAGCUACUGGAUUGCCUUAAAUUCUUUUAUUCUACACUAAUACCUGACUCGAAAGUAUCUAGUUUGGUACUUAAAGAGCUAUAAAGUCUUCAUUUUAGUACUUUAUGUAUUCAGAUCUGAAGACAAAUACUACUUACUUUUACUUGAAAAUGAUCGAUUUUAAUUUAUAGAUUCACGAAUAUUUGCACAGAGUUAAACAUCUUUGGGUCUUACUAUUUUUAUGCAUUAAAAAUUACCAAGUAGACCCUUUUAAGUUACCCUUACUACCUGAACAGGCCCGCAGGACACAGAUUCGCGCUGCAGGCUGUGCGUGCGUGUGCGCGCGCCUCUCCGCUUCCGCACACGCUGGUGCAUUUGAAAGACUGCGGGGACUGGCAUCCGGAGAAUGGAAAAGUGCGACCCAGGAAAAGAAGCAGAUCCGCGUGGAGAUUUGGAGGACACUCUGUGGUCACGGGAUUUCUUCCUUUUCGGAGUGUCCCGUGUUCACGUGGCAGAUGCUCCCACGCUGUGACGUCUUAGAGACCGAGUUUCUCAGGCUCUCCCAGGGGGUGGGGGUAGUCGGGAGAGUGUGGAGCUGCAGACUGAAUACAUUCAUUCUCAAGCCACCUCCUUGGCCUGUCUGAGCCAUCACAGUUCCAGAGAGCUCCGGCUCCCAGAAGGCGACAUGAAAAUUCCUCCCACAGUCUUGCUGCCCUCGCAUGAAACUACUUGUCUCAAGAUGCCUGAGUUCGGGGUUGGCUUUUUUUACCUCAUCUCCUAUUUUUGUGGUCUUGUGAGA